ACGAGUUGAGGAGAGGAUUUUGCUUAAAAUGAAUAACACGAAUAUGUUUCCAUGAAGGUCAUUGAUGUCUAUAUAUAUCAUUGGCCACUUAUCAUAAACCUUAUCCUCUCUUGCACUCAAUAGGCUUCUACAAUCUUCAAUACAAAGCAUAAACUAAUGGGGUUUGAACAUCUUAUCGUUUUAGCUCUAUUAUGUCUAAGUUUAGGGGUAACCGAUGCGUCGGAAUCAGCCAUAGAUUAUUGGCAUUCUGUUUGCCCAAACACUCCGGUGCCGGAGCCUCUGAGGGAUCUAGUGCUGCCUUACAAGAAAACUAGCAUGCCUAUUAAAGUGGAAGAAGAGAAACAAUAUUGGACUCUAUUUUUCGAACAUGACCUUCACCCUCUCAAGAUAAUGCACUUGGGUCUCCACAAGCAUUCUAACACUCAACCAUCCAAAAUAACGUCAAGAACAACAAGUCAACCUUUUGGAGCAUGGUUACGGGCAAAGGUAACAGAGAGAUAUAAUCUUGAUGAAGUUUGUGGGAGACCAGCUGCUAAAGGAGAAGACAAGUUUUGUGCAACAUCCUUGAAAUCAAUGAUGGGUUUCGCCAUUUCGAAGCUUGGGAACAAUGUUAAGGUGGUUUCAAGUUCCUUUGCCCCAAAUGAAGACCAAUAUACAGUUGAGGAAGUGAACAAAAUUGGAGACAAAGCAGUUAUGUGUCAUAGACUAAAUUUUGAAGAUGUUGUGUUUUAUUGCCACCAAAUCAAUGCAACAACAACUUAUAUGGUUCCACUGGUUGCCUCUGAUGGAACUAAAGCUAGGGCACUAACUAUUUGCCACCAUGAUACAAGAGGCAUGGAUCCUACUGUUCUGUAUGAAGUUCUUAAAGUCAAGCCUGGAACUGUACCUGUUUGCCAUUUUGUUGGCAAUAAGGCUAUUGCAUGGGUACCCAAUCUAGUCACUAGUGAAUCUUGUGUUGUCUAGAUGAUAUAUAUUUGGUUGUCUACAUUAUUUUGCAUUUAUGUUAGACUUUUGUGUUAGAAUUAUAGAUAAUAGUCAUUGAAUUGUGUGUUGGUGUUCAUGUUGGAACUUGGCUUAUGUUGAAGUGAUGUCUAUGUAUGAAGUGUCUUUCAUGUAUUUCAAAUAAAUUAGUAGUUUUAAGCUAGUAGU